AUGGCAGCUGAGUCAUCAUUGGCAAUUCUUUUCUAUUGUUGUUUGUUUGUUUGUUUGUUUGCUUCAGAAUGUAAGAGCAGUCCUAAAACCACAAAGUCAACUCAAACUCAAGACUCAUCGUUUGGGGGGCUAAUAAGGAAAAGACUCAAAAGGGAUGAACCCUGGAACUUCUUAUCAGAAAAACCCUGCAUAUAUGAAGACAGAGUAAAGAAACAGAACAGAAAUGAAAUUUUACAAGUGAUUUCAAUCACCCAUACAAGAAGCCAUAAAAAUAAUGACUUUGGCCAAAAUUUCAGCCUGAAAUCAGUGUUUGUUAAGCAACAGAGGAUUGCUAGAGAAAAAACACUCUCAAAAUAUGAAAUACAAAGAAAUAGCUUCAAGCAGAAUUCAAAUUUACUUAACCAACCAAAACUCAAGACAGCAGAGAAACGCUAUAAAUGUAAUAUAUGUGAAAAAGCCUUCAUUCACAAUUCAUCCCUUCGUAAACAUCAGAAAAACCAUACUGGAGAGAAAUUAUUUAAAUGUAAAGAAUGUUUGAAAGCCUUCAGCCAAAGUUCAGCUCUUAUUCAACAUCAAAGAACUCAUACUGGAGAGAAACCCUAUAUAUGUAAAGAAUGUGGGAAAGCCUUCAGCCACAGUGCAUCCCUUUGUAAACACCUAAGAACCCAUACUGUGGAGAAAUCCUAUAGAUGUAAAGAAUGCGGUAAAUCCUUCAGCCGAAGGUCAGGCCUUUUUGUACAUCAGAAAAUCCAUGCUCGAGAAAAUCCCCACAGAUACAACCCAGGCAGGAAGGCGUCCAGUUGUGGUACAUCCCUUCCUGGAUGUCAGAGAAUUCAUUCCAGGAAGAAGUCCUAUUUAUGUAAUGAAUGUGGCAAUACCUUUAAGUCCAGCUCAUCCCUUCGUUACCAUCAGAGAAUUCACACUGGAGAGAAACCUUUUAAAUGUAGUGAAUGUGGGCGAGCCUUCAGUCAGAGUGCAUCUCUCAUUCAGCAUGAAAGAAUUCACACUGGAGAGAAGCCCUACAGAUGUAAUGAAUGUGGAAAAGGCUUCACUUCCAUUUCACGGCUUAAUAGACACCGAAUAAUUCAUACUGGGGAGAAACUGUAUAAUUGUAAUGAAUGUGGUAAAGCCUUAAGUUCCCACUCGACGCUUAUUAUUCAUGAACGAAUUCACACUGGAGAGAAGCCAUGCAAAUGUAAAGUGUGUGGGAAAGCCUUCAGACAGAGUUCAGCCCUCAUCCAGCAUCAGAGGAUGCACACUGGAGAAAGGCCCUACAAGUGUAACGAGUGUGGGAAAACGUUCCGGUGUAACUCAUCCCUCAGUAAUCAUCAGAGAAUUCACACGGGAGAGAAGCCGUACCGAUGUUUGGAGUGUGGGAUAUCUUUCGGCCAAAGUGCAGCUCUUAUUCAACAUCAGAGGAUUCAUACGGGAGAGAAACCGUUUGAAUGUAAAUCAUGUGGGAAAACUUUCAGACAAAGCUCAUCACUUAUUGCACAUCAAAGAAUUCAUACUGGAGAGAAACCUUAUGAGUGUAAUGCAUGUGGGAAACUCUUCAGCCAGAGGUCAUCCCUUACUAAUCAUUAUAAAAUUCACAUUGAAGAGGACUCCUUGGAAGUAGAUUUGUGUGUGUGAAUUCCUUAAACCAAAGCUCAUUAGUGUACAGUCACCCCUCCGUAUCAGUGGGUUCCCCACCCACUGAUUCAAAUAACCAUGAACCAAAAAUACUUGGGAAAAAAUUCCAGAAAGUUCCAAAAAGCAAAACUUGAAUUUUCCACACACCAGCAACUGUUUACAUAGCAUUUAUGUUGUAUGAGGUAUUAUAAGUAACUUAAAGAUGAUUUAAAGUAUACGGGAGGAUGUGCAUAUGUCAUAUGCAAAUUCGACACCAUUUUAUAUACGGAACUUGGUCAUCAGAUUUUGGUAUCUGUGGGGGGUGGAGUCCUGGAAUCAGUCCUUCACAGAUGCUAAGGGACAACUGUAUACAUACUUGAGAAUGAUUUAACAAAUGUAAUGAAAAUAAGAAAAAUUCUGUUUUAAUUCUCAUCAGAUACUAAAUUCUAAGGAUAAUAUGUAAUAAAUACAUGAAAAAGUUUCAAACCUGUCAGUCACUUUUUAAAAUAUCCUAAGACAAAUAAAUCAUAAUUCCAAGUAUUUAUUUUGGUCAUCUGUAAGAUAAAAGGUAAGAUUUUUAUCUCUCUUUAUAUGGCAUUAUACGCUAUAUGUGAUACCUGUAAGCAUGAGAAGAAUCUGGACACAGGGGUGCUGGAUUUUUGAUUAGAAAGAUACCAGCUGUAUAAGCCAGUGGCAUAUUUAUCACCACUAACACGUUAAUAGCAAUAAGCAGAGUCUUAAAGUAUGUGCACUUGUAGCGCAAAGGACCAAAUAGUAGAUAAGAACAAACUGCAGGCUACCUCAGUGCCUGGAACUUGCCUUUUCCUAAACUAUUUGCAAACUUCGUGCAUGGUUUUCAUUAAAAAAAAAAAA